GGCCAUGUCUUCGUGCGCGGUGCGGCGGGUGCUUCGUCGCGCGCCCCGCGGGGGCCUUCGUCGGCGGCUGAAGAGGGCCAAGGCCCAGCUCCGCCUCAGGGACUCCGCCGACCUGCUGGUGCAUUUGAACUGUUUACUCUUUCUUCAUCGUUUAGCAGAAGAAGCCAGGGUAAAGGCUUUUGGAAACAAGAGUAAAAUCAUUAAGACUGAUCAUGUCCUAGCUGCGGCAAAGGUGGUUUUAAAGAAGAGCAGAGGUUAGAAACUGAGGAUACAAUCUUUGAACUGCGUACUUUCUCAAGGAUAUACUCCACAGACUUAAUUGUAACAAGCGAUGAAACCCUAUGGCUUAAUAACUAUUAAUGUAGAAAUUAACGUGGGUUUGGAAAACGUGUAUUGUCACUGCUGCCAUGUUUAUGCCUCAGGUGAAUAAAUAUUUAGGAUUUCAACCUAG